AUGUACUUUCUCAUUUUCUUCUCCUUCUGGAUCUUCUCAUUGCUCGAGCUUGCUUCGGCAACACCAAUCGUCCGAAAAUCUCUCAACCCUAGCUUCAUCAAGGCCAGAUCCCCUCUUACCAACGACGCAUUUGCUACCGACAGCGACUGGCCUACCAACGUUGUCAUGGUCGGAGCAUCUCAAACAUACGGCAUGUGGGUCCCCGUCGACGGCAAUUGGUAUGAUCUGGGCGCUAUCAUAUGUCUUGGUUUACCAGCUUAUGCCGAGGGUCCUUGCAACGGCGUCACAAUUGACCAGAUCGGUGUCGUCGCCGGUGACGGACCAUGCACCUUCCUCGGUAACGAUGGCUACAGUGGCACUGUUCCUGGCAAAGCUGGAGAUGGCUACUAUACGGUAGCGCCACCCCAGAACAUGAUGUCUGCGAAAUGCGGAUGA